AUAGAACGGACUACUCGUGUGUAUAAGUUUAUUUAAACAUUCUCUAUGUUCGUAUAUAAUCUGUUCAAGUAAAUGGUUACAAAAUGCAUCUAUCGUUUAACAGAGCAACUGUCAUUAGAAACUUAAUAUGCAUCAGUGUGAGCAUUUAAACAAUGUCGUCAAGUAUAUUCUUACGCGGAGCUCUAUUCGUUUGAGCACACCGUGCAUGCAUACAUAGUAUACUCGAUACUAAGUCGUUGUUUAUUGGUUAUUUGACGAACAUAGACCAGAUGGCAGUCGAGACAAUAAAGAAGAAGAGUAACGGGAAAUCAUAGAAGGGCUGUAGAGCGAGUGAGAAAGAGGAAGGGAACGAUACCUUCAAACAAAUGGCAAAUAGGGAAAUGUACGAACCACUUGUACAUAACCUUUGUUUUCGAAACUCGAUUCGUAUAGGGUAUCGUGUCUUCGACGUGUCGCGUAAAAACUUGCGAAUCUUUAUCGGAUAAUGGCCACAGAUACGUCGAUUCUAUCGUAAAAAAAAAAGAAUAAUGUUUAAUUUAUAAAGAAGGUAAAUUAGUGUAACUUGUCCGAAAGGUCAAUGUUCUAACACGACUUCACGCGAUACUUUUUGCUCAAAGAAUGAGCAACUGAAAGACAAAGUACAAUGAAAUAGUUAUGUUGCCUUCGACUGGUUACUUUAAAACUAUCAAUUGUCCGUUUUACGAGAACGGUACUUGCGACAGACCCUACUGUCAUUUCAAGCACUCGAAGCGAGAAGAUGUCGUGGUUACGACGGAAGCGACCGGGACGCUGGAAAGCCGUACGACAGGCCAGGUUCAAGAAACAAAAUCUACAUUGGUCCAAUCCGACUCAGAUGUUUUACAACAGUUAGUAACUGAGGCUGUCAAGAAGGUUCUAGCUAACCAAGAAGUUGCUAAUACAGACAAAUUUUCGUGUCAGAACGUUGUUUCUCAGGUAGUGGAGGGACUGAAGCCAUCUUUGACUCCCGGAGCAUCCGCUACAUUAGACAUAGUCACAGCUAAUACAGUAGAGAAAAGAACAGACGUACCAACGCCGAUUACUAAACCUGUUCCAUGCGUGUAUAAUCCUACACCCAUCGCAGAACUGAAGAAACGUCACAUACCGAUAAUAUCCUAUAUGCCAACCAGGGAAAGUAGAGUAGCCGUGAAACGUAAAAGUUCUCCCGAUGGAAUUAAGCCAUGGCUAAGCACGGGUGGCGAGUCGGCCGACCCUCAAGCUACCGAAGCUAAAUAUAAACCUACCACAAUAGUCAAUUCCAAUUCGCGGGAUGCUAUGCAAAGUUAUGUACCUACUUGUAAGUCUGACACUGUUUCAUCGAAUUCGUACGAAGAUGGUAAUUCGAGCGAUUACCUGUUUAAACUCAGGGAGCCAUAUUAUCCAAAGGUUAAGAAGCGGAGGGAAGAGUACGUACCGAAGAAAGUAAAGGCUCCGUUAAAAACCGUUAAGAGUAUAAGCGAAUUGGCGUUAGAUGGAUUUGCGUCAGAAUUCGAUAUAGUAAACGAGGUAACGACCGACGCCAAGCCUACUUCUAACGUGCAGUCUAUCGAGGAGCCUCGAGAUUCUUCUUUAGACUUAGAAGCGAAAUUCUCGGACGACGAAGAAGACGACGUUGAUAUUCACGAUAAUACCGAAGAUUAUAGUCAUGAUUUAAAUAAGAUCAAUGGUGAUCUCAUCGACGAUGCGUCCACGGAACCGAGCGAAUUCUUCCAUGAUAUUAUGGACAAUGACUCCUCGAACGAUACGCAAGAUACACGUGUUCUUUCACCAAAAGCAAAUACUAACGACGAAUACAGCAGCAAAGAAAACCGCGACGGGAAGGUGUCGACGCAAGAGAAAUCCGCGACUAAAGAAACUUCGAAAUCCGAACGACACGAUAAGGAAAAGACGGUGGAAGUAGACACGCAGAAAGCGGUCGAUAAAAACACAAAGGAACACAAAAGCAGAAGCAAGAGCAAAAGCAAAGAUCAAAAGAGUCACGACACUUCUCAUAAACGGAACAAGGACAGUCGUGUAUCGAGCGAGAAAUCGCGUUCUACGUCCGAUAGCAAGAGCAAAGACAAAAGUCGUACCAGACACGAAAGUAAGGAUUCGAAAAGUAGGAAGCACAAUGAUAAAAGCAAAGAUAUAAAUCAAGAGAAGCAUCGGGACAAAGAGAGGCAUAAAGAAAAGAACGAAAGCAAACACAAAAGCAAACGGGAUAGGAGGGAUUCUCGCGAAUCGGAAAGGCAUCGCGAGCGCAAUUCCAAGUCGUCCGAGAGUUCAAAGAGGCCGGAACGUAACAAGAAAAGAAGCGUCGAUAGCAAGCGUUCAAAGUCGGAUCGUAAAUCCGACGAUAAAACGAUGGAACGAUUACGUGUACAUAUAGAGAAUAGAGAUGAAAGAAAUUCGACCGACAGGUCCAUGAGUCCUUUGGAAAGCUUUCGGUCGAAUAUGGACGACGCUGGCGACGAGAACGACGACUGCUUUAUUAGUUUCAUCAAUAACGAUAUGGAUGAUAUUGUUUCGAUCGCGUCUGAUUCGGAUCACGAUGUACAAGAGGAGUGCUUGAAGAUAUUUCAGGAAUAUCAAGUGUCUGAACGUUCAAAAAGCACGGUGUCAACGAGAGAAUCGUCGUCGGUGCCUGAGAAAGAACAGAGCGAAGAUAUUCGUAGAAAAAGAGUAGCGCAUCCAUCGGCGGCUACGUGCGUUAGCAGACAGGUUGUUCGCCAGGAAUUGAAGAAAGCCGCGAAUCCGCAACUGAAAAUGUAUGAAAGAUGGCGCCUGAUGAGAGACACUAUCGCGGAGAAGGCAGCUCCAGCGAGUAGUAGCGUUCCCAAGGAUGUGCGUCGAAAUCAUAUCGAGGCAACAACAGCAGCAGCGCACAAUAACGAAAUAAAAUUAAAUGGAAACGGUCGCGUCAGAAUUGCUCACGUGCCGUAUGCGAAAUCUCUGGCGAUAGAGAAGAAAAAGAUGACGGAGAACGUGGGUAAAUCGACGGAAACGAAAGCAACGGAUAAUUACAAAACAGCGGCGCAAACCGCGAAGAGCGGUGUACGCGUUGCUCAUGUGCCUCAAACCGUUCCACAGUUGAUACGACCCGAGCCGUUGCAAGUGACCACGCAGAAGUUCCCUCUGAACGUUCGUCAGUAUUACGUGAACAUGAUGCAGGACGUGUGCGUGCAAAUUUACACGAACAGCGAGGAUGCGGCGCAGCGUGCGCUUAAAGAAGAAUUCGCUUGCCACGAGAGGUGUAAAGCGUUGGCGGUCUAUAAAAAUUCGUGUAUGCUUGCUACGCACAGGCUGAGGAAAGAGGCUGAUCAAAGUGUAUCGAUAGAAGGUAGUGCGUCGUUAACAGUGGCCAGUAACAAUAUGGUGUCCCACGAGGCGGUACUAGCUGGGAAAGCGAAAGGUUCUUGGAGCGUUCUUAAAACGAAGAAAUCCGUCACGCAGUUCAGAGGAGUCAUGCUUUAUGGUAUGUUGAAAAAAUGGAUAAUGACGGAACAGCAACUUCGAGAUAACGGAUUUCCACGUACGCACCCGGACGGUCAAAAGGGCCGUGCAAAGAUUUACGUGAUAAACACACGGAAUCAAAAUGUCCUGUCGAAAGUGCCUAACGAAAGAAUCUGCAGUCGUUGUGGUCAAACGUACAUGAUAAACAAACAAGGAUUCGCGGUACGGUCGCAGAAUUGUAUAUAUCAUUGGGGAAGAAAGUUCACGAUCAGAGGAGAGGGGAAAUAUAGUUGUUGUCAACAAUAUGGUUCCGCGACCGGAUGUUGCGACGCGAAGACGCACGUUUGGGAAUACACCGACUAUGAGAAUCUUCGUGGUUAUGUGAAAACUUUGCCGAAAGACAUGCUACUCGAGGAACAGGGAGUUUACGCUCUCGAUUGCGAAAUGAGUUAUACCACGCAAGGCUUAGAACUAACCAGGGUAACGGUUAUCGACGAAGAUUGCAACGUAGUGUACGAGACGUUGGUUAAACCGCAAAAUCCAAUAAUCGAUUAUAAUACAAGGUUUUCUGGAAUCACGGAAGAAUGUAUGAAGGACGUGACGACAACGUUGCUAGAUGUUCAAGCGUCGCUCCUUACAAUGUUUUCGGAAAAAACAAUAUUGGUGGGUCAUAGUCUUGAAAGCGAUUUCAAAGCGCUGAAACUACUGCACGACACCGUAGUCGACACGAGCAUAAUGUUUCCGCACAAGAACGGAUAUCCGCAAAAACGGGCGCUGAAGAACCUUUGUUCCGAGUAUCUGAGGAAGAUCAUACAGAACGAUGUCGGUGGACACGACAGCAAAGAGGACGCCGUUGCCUGUAUGGAAUUGAUUCUAUGGAAAGCGAAGGAGGAAGCGAAGUUACAGUGAACAAACGCUGGGAGCACUUUUUCAGACUGAAUCGUGUACAGCUUACGUUUUUUACGUUUCGCGAAUCGUUGAUAGUCCCUGUCCAAACUACCGUCGUAUGUACUGUAUUAUAAUUUUCCAUGUAUAAAUAUGUGAUACGCAUCUGUCGAGUUGGUCAUAGGAAUCAGCAGUUCAUAGAAUCGUCGUUCAUUUAUCGAAUUACAGUCACGGUUCUACGAUAGAACGCGUAAGUUCAUUUGUUCGUUAGCGAAUAAUUCAUAUCGAUCGCGCGCAAUUCGUACUUUUAUAAGAUUUCGUUAUUCGCUGCGCUUUAGAUUUUUGGAUCGUUCUGAGUAUAAAUAAGAACGAUG